AUGAAGUCCGUCUUUACUCAGUUCCUGUCAGCCAUUGUGCUCUCCGGGCUGGCUCUUGGUCUCCCUGCCCCCGACAAGACUGAACGUGAUGCCUUGAUCAAGACAACCGUGGCUAUCCCCGCUGGUACCGUGGUGGGAUCAGUCGGCGUUGUCGAGUCCUUUGGUGGCAUUCCCUUUGCUGAACCACCAGUCGGCACAAACAGGCUCAAGCCACCUGUCAGGCUGACCGAAUCAUUCGGAACGAUCGACGCGACGGGAACCGGACCUUCAUGUCCUCAGAUGUUCUUCUCGACCGACGAUAACGAUUUGUUGACGUCCGUCCUGGGCGAUCUGUUGAACACGCCUCUUUUCCAGACCGUUACUGGCCAGACUGAAGACUGCUUGACCAUCAAUGUCCAGCGGCCCAUCGGCACCAAAGCCAAUGCCAAGCUUCCGGUCCUGUUGUACAUCUUUGGAGGAGGUUUCGAAUUGGGAAGCCCCCAGAUGUACGACGGAACGGGUCUUUUGCUGAACGGCGUCAUCAUGGGAAAGCCAUUUGUCUACGUGACUGUCAACUACCGCGUUGGUGGCUUUGGAUUCUUGCCUGGAAAGGAGAUCCUUGCUGAUGGAGCUGCCAACCUGGGACUGCUUGAUCAGAGAAUGGGCUUGCAAUGGGUGGCCGAUAAUAUUGCCGCCUUUGGUGGUGACCCGGACAAGGUCACCAUCUGGGGCGAGAGCGCCGGUGCCAUCAGCGUCUUUGACCAGAUGGCUCUCUAUGACGGUGACAACACAUACAACGGAAAGCCCCUGUUCAGAGGUGGCAUCAUGAACAGCGGUAGCGUGGUCCCUGCUGAUUCUGUAGACUGUGACAAGUGCCAAGGCGUCUACGACACAGUGGUUGAGAGUGCUGGAUGUGCUGGGGCCGACGACACGCUCGAGUGUCUGCGUGGGGUUGACUAUGAUACCUUCCUCAACGCCGCCAACAGUGUCCCCGGUAUUCUCAGCUACACGUCUGUCGCCUUGUCAUACGUUCCCAGACCCGACGGCACUGCCUUGACGGCUAGCCCCGAUGAAUUGGUCACGAGUGGCAAAUACGCGGCCGUCCCCAUGAUUAUCGGAGAUCAAGAAGAUGAAGGCACUCUUUUCGCUCUGUUCCAGCCCAACAUCACAAACACAGAUCUCCUGGUUGAUUAUCUCUUGAAUAUCUUCUUCAAUGAUGCCACUAGAGCGGAUAUCGAAGCGCUGGUGGCGACGUACCCGGAUGAUAUCACGGCAGGGUCACCCUUCAACACUGGCAUCUUGAACAACCCAUAUCCCGAAUUCAAGCGUCUUGCCGCAAUUCUCGGCGACCUUGUCUUUACUCUGAGCCGUCGCCUAUUCCUGUCUGGAACCAGCAAGGUCAACCCCGACGUGCCGUCGUGGUCCUACCUCUCGAGUUACGACUACGGCACACCCAUCCUGGGCACCUUUCACGGCUCCGACAUUCUGCAGGUCUUUUAUGGCAUCCUGCCCAACUAUGCGAGCGCCUCCUUUGCCAGCUACUACCUCUCCUUCGUCUACAACCUGGACCCCAACAACGGCAGUGGGAUCCUGCCGGACUGGCCCCAGUGGAGCGAGAGUCAGCAACUGAUGCAGUUUUCCAACAUUGCCAGUUGGGUCACAAACGACGACUUUAGAACCGAGAGCUACGAGUGGAUCGGUGAAAACAUUGGUGUGCUGCAUAUUUGA